AUGCCUUCACGCUUGAACCUCCCGCCCAUCACCCGCAUUCUCAUCAUCACCCUCCUCUCCCAGUCCAUCCUCAACGCCGCCAUCCGAUACAGACAGUGGACCGACGAGUCUAGCAUAGUAGUGCCAUACCUUAUCCUGGUGCCGCAACUCUCUCUGAUCUACCCUUGGACCUUCCUCACUACUACGCUGGUCGAGAGCAAUCUUUUUACGCUGGGAACAGCUGGCCUGACAAUUUUUUAUGGUGGAAGAUACCUGGAGAGAGCAUGGACAUCCGCCGGUUUUGCGAAAUUCCUCCUGGUGGUCUCAAUAAUCCCUAAUGUGCUAUCCUUUGCCAUCUUGGUUAUCUUGUUUAGUAUCACUGGAGAUAUGCGAUGGACUUUAACCUCCAUCAAUGGGUCUAUACCUUUACAAAUCUCGUUCCUGGUGGCUUUCUCUCAGCUUGUGCCUUCACAUACUGUAACGCUCUUCCGCGGAAUCGUUUCGCUCCGAGUCCCACGAUUCCCCCUCAUACACGUCCUGACGGUCUUCCUCCUGUCGCUCACCCCUUUGUUGAGCAUCGCCUCGGUCCUCCUCGUCACAAGUGCGUUCUUGACCAGCUGGACAUAUCUCAGAUUCUAUAAGUCUGCAUUCCCAGACCUGGAAACAUCCCAAACGUCAACAUUGCGCGGGGACGCUAGCGAGACCUUCGCCUUCGCCGAGUUCUUCCCCAGUCCAGUGAAACCCCUUGUCGCAGCGGUGUCGAAUCAAAUAUUCAGCGUCUUGGUCUCUCUGCGAAUAUGCACUCCAUUCUCCGCAGCUGACGUAUCGGCAUCUCGAGGAGAGACUUUCGUUCAGAGAAGCGCCCCAGGUGGCGCGAGAGCAGAAGCAGAGCGCCGACGAGCGCUGGCGUUAAAGGCGCUGGAUCAACGCCUGAACAAUGUAACGGCUAAAGCUACCUCCAAAGCACAACCACCACCUUCGGGCCCCUCGUCGGGUGUCCCAGUUCAAGCCCAGCCGAAUUCACAACCUGCGAUGCUCGGGGAAACACCAUAUCAGCCAGAUAGGGAGGAAGCGAAAUGA